AUGCCGCUAAACAAAAUCCACAAGCCUCUCCUUAAAGCGUUUAGUUCAAGUGAAUAUGGCGGGUGCAUUGGCGGCCUUUCUUUCUUUCUUUCUUUUUUUCUUUCUUUGUACCUUUCGUUUUUCUUUGUUUCUUUGUACCUUUCGUUUUUCUUUCUUUCUUCGUGUUUUGUUUUUCUUUCUUUUUUCAUUGUGUCUUUCGUAUUUUCUUUCUUCUUUCUUUCGCCUUUUUUAUUUAUAUUAUUCUUUCUUUGUGCCUUUCAUCUUUCUUUCUUUCUUUCGUUUUUUUGUCUAUCUUCUUUUCUUUCUUUCUUUCUUUCUUUCUUUCUUUUUCUUUCUUUCUUUUUUCUUUCGCUCAUUGUGCCUAUCGUUUUUUUCAUUCUUCCCUUUCCUCUUUUCUUUCUUUCGUUCUUUGUGCCUUUCGUUUUUUUUUGUUAUUUUCUUUCUUUCUUUCUUUCUUUCUUUCUUUCUUUCUUUCUUUCUUUCGUCUAUUUUUUCUUUCUUUUUUCUUUGAGUCUUUCUUUCUUUCUUUCUUUCUUUCGUCUAUUUUUUCUUUCUUUUUUCUUUGAGUCUUUCUUUCUUUCUUUCGUCUAUUUUUUCUUUCUUUUUUCUUUGAUCUUUCUUUCUUUCUUUCGUCUAUUUUUUCUUUCUUUUUCUUUGAGUCUUUCUUUCUUUUAUUUCUUUCGUCUAUUUUUCUUUCUUUUUUUCUUUGAGUCUUUCUUUCUUUCUUUCGUCUAUUUUUUCUUUCUUUUUUCUUUGAGUCUUUCUUUCUUUCUUUCUUUCUUUCGUCUAUUUUUUCUUUCUUUUUUCUUUGAGUCUUUCUUUCUUUUUUUCUUUCUUUCUUUCUUUCUUUCUUUCGUCUAUUUUUUCUUUCUUUUUUCUUUGAGUCUUUCUUUCUUUCUUUCUAAAUUAUGUUCUUCUAACAACCUGCUUCUUUCUUUCUUUUCUUUUUUUCUUUCUUUCUUUCUUUCUUUCUCUUUCUUUAGUAUCCUAAUUUUCUUCCGUCUUUCUUUAUAUCUCAUUUCUUUAUUUUUCGUUUCGAUUAUUUUGAACCUUUCCAUUCACUGUUUGUUUGAGUUUCUUUUUUUCUGUCGUCUCCUUGACUAUUUCUUUCUUUCUUUGUUUCUUUCUUUCUUUUUCUUUCUUUCUUUCUUUCUUUCUUUCCACAUUUUCUGUUUUCUUUCUUUAACCAUCUUCCUGUCUUUUAUUGUUUUUCUGCUUCUUUUUCCCCUAUUUUUUUCUCUUAUUUUGUACUCUACAUCUGCGCAUCUUUUCUUUCUUUCUUUCUUUCUUUCUUUCUUUCUUUCUUUCUUUCAUCUUUUUUUCUUUCUUAUUGAUUCUUUUCGAACCCUUUAUUUUGUCACUCUUCUUUCUCUUUCUUUCCAGAACUACUUUCUCUUCUUUUUCUACAUUCAAGUAAUAAUUUUUCUCUUUCAAUCUUUUCCUUCUCGUACUAAUUUCUUUCUUUUUACUAGUUUUCUUCCUUAUUUUCCUUUCUUCUCAAUUUCUUUCUUUCUUUUUUUUUUUGUCGAUUCUCUCUCCCGCUCUCGUUCUAUCUUUUCCUUCCUUCUGCCAUUUUUUUUUAUCUUACUUAUUUCCUCUCUCUGGCAAAUAGUAUUUCAAAACCAAGUUGCCCUGUAG